CCAUUAGGCCAUGAUGUACUACUGAAGAUUCCCCGGGUGCAUAUGAUGAUAUGAAUGCGAAUGUGAUAUUUCUAUUUCCCACUUUCUCUCUCCUCUUUUAAGGUAAUAGAGAUCUUGAACACUCCCACCUUUACGCUGCUCAUCAUUUCCUGUCAAUUGUCAAAAAUCAUCUUCCAACCGCAUUUAAUAAAGUACAAAGAAAGGGGCUGCUCGCUGCUCAGUGUAGUUUGGCGCAAAACUGGAGAUUUAAAUCACACAUUUAGUGUGUCCCGGAUGUUCUUGAUCUCCGAGAGAUUGCUGCCAGUGUAUUGAGGAUAACUUGAUUUGUUCUAAUGGCUUCCAUUAGAAGAACACUUUCUCCGGUUCCACGACCAGGUUCGAGAUCGAAUGGGGAAGCGUGCUCGGUAGCAUCCCCCUUAUCUAAAUCAUCCUCAGCUGAGAAGAACCCUUUACAACCAAGUGGAUUAUCAUGUUCAUCUUUUAAUUCUUUGGAGUAUGCACUGUAUAGAGUUAAUAACUUUGUAAUUGGUUUGUUCUCAAAUAGAUCAUCGCGUCCCCUAGAUAAAUCGAAACCAAAAGGGCAAGGGCAAGUGUGGAAGAGGGCUCUCCUGCAUUUCUUAGUCUUCUUUUUGGUUGGGGCUUUCAUUGGGUUAACUCCUUUUGGUUCCUCGAAUUUUCCGGGAAGAAUCUUACCCCAGCAUCAAACUCUCUUCUUUGACAUGAUCCCUUCUGCAGUUAAAUAUAACUCUUUUAGUGCAACAAAUGUUACCUCUGCAGAUGAGAUCCCCCCAGAAAAUCAUACAUCUAUAGGUGAGAUGCAUGAUAAUGAGAAUACUACCUCGGAAGAGAAACUCGGAAGGAUAUCAAGUGAAACACUUACUGUUAAAUUAGUGAAUGAGGAUCCACCAUUGGAAGUUCGCAAGCUCUUGAUAGUUGUCACCCCUACAUACACUCGGCCAUUUCAAGCUUACUAUCUCAAUCGUCUGGCACAAACAUUGAAACUUGUCCCACCACCUUUGAUAUGGAUUGUAAUUGAGAUGAACGCUCAAUCUGCCGAAACUACUGAGAUUUUGAGGAAGACUGGACUUAUGUACAGACAUCUGGUAUGCAAUAAGAACAUGACAGAUGUGAGGGAUAGAAAUGUUCACCAGAGAAAUGUGGCUUUGGCACACAUUGAAAUGCACCGCUUAGAUGGGAUUGUCUAUUUUGCAGAUGAUGCCAAUGUCUACUCAGUAGAUCUUUUUGCAGAUUUGAGGCAGAUAAGGAGAUUUGGGACUUGGAAAUUGGCCACACUUUCAGUGACUCGUGGUGCUACUUUUCUUGAUGGUCCUGUAUGUAAUGGGAGUGAGAUUAUUGGUUGGAGGACUAAUGAAAAGACUCGAAGAUUUCAUGCUGACAUUUCCGGUUUUGCUUUCAAUAGUACCAUACUAUGGGAUCCAAAGAGAUGGAAUCGCCCUAUCAUUGAGCCUAUUCGGCAGCUUGACACUGUGAAACAGAAAUUCUUGGUGAGCACAUUCAUUGAGCAAGUUGUGGAAGAUGAAAGCCAAAUGGAAGGGUUACUAGGGAAUUGUUUGAGCAUCAUGGCGUGGCGUCUUCCCCUUGAAUCAUCUUCCUUGUCAUACCCUCAACAGUGGUCCAUAAGCAAGAAUUUGGAAAAGCAGCGCACCUUGCGACUGAAGUAGUCUGAUCUGAAGUGAGAAG